AUGCCUAUCAAUUCUUUAGAGCAAUUUUUGUUUGAAAGAGGUUUAGUCGGUACUCAUCCCAUCGAAUCCUUAAAAAAUACUACCCUAGGUAUCGAUGCCAAUCAUUAUGUGUCUCGUCUAUUGUCUUCCAAAAAAGAACAAUUUUUAGACGCUAUUGGCGGGUUCCCAAUUAGUUUGAAAUUAUAUUUGGAAUCUGAUUUGAAAAUCUUUAAAGAAUAUAAUAUCACUCCUGUUUUCAUCUUUAAUGGUUCUUUAACUGUUAACCAAUUGGAUUAUAAUAGCUAUUUCACUGCUGGUGCCGAUGAAGCUAGUCUAUCUCUUGCUUUAGGGGCUACCUCAAUUUCCUCCACCAGUACCACUUCUAUCAACAACAACAUAAAUAUAAACAUGAACAUGAAUAUAAACAAUAAUACUAAUAAUAACAACAAUAACAAUCAUCAUAAUAAUAACAAUGACAAUAUGUCUUCCACUUCUAUUAACUCUCCUAAUCAGAACCUGAAAUCUACUAAAGAAAUCAUGUUGACUCAAAGACAUAAAGCAUGGACUCAAUGGAAUAAUUUAAUCACUAGUAACCAACACUCUUAUAUCGAUCAACCCUUAAAACCCCAGGAACCAUUCAGAUUGAACACAAAUAUCGAAUCAAAGAGAUUCCAGUCUGAUUUGAUCAAAUAUUUCAUCGAAAAUGAUAUAACAUACCAGGUGGCCCCAUUUUCAUCUUGGAUCCAACUAGAUUAUCUAUUACAAAACAAUUUUAUCGAUGCCAUCUAUGGUCCAACCGAUUGUUUGAUGUUGCCAAAUUUAGAUAAGUUUAUCCUAGGCAUGGAAUUUCCUAAUAAAGAUUUCAGAUUUAUCGAUAAAAAUAGAUUGUUGAAGGAUUUCGGGAUCUCCUAUGAUGAGUUUAUCGAUAUCUCUAUGACUGUCGGUAACGACUUACAACCAACUGUUUUACCACCUCUCCAAAUUUAUCCAAAUAACAAAUUGUUUGAGAUAGCUUUGGAAAUGGUUUUAAAUACAGGUACUAAUUUUUAUGCUUACCAAUUGAAUAACAGGUCUAUUAAUGCAAAUAAUACUAAUAAUACUACUACCUUAACCACUGCCACCUCUACAACUACUACUAAUAAUAGCAACAACUAUAUUUUGUUCUAUCAAAGAGGUUGUGCAUCUUUGAGACAUAUGCCUGUAUUACAAUCAAAUGGUAGAGUUGAAAUAUAUUCAACUGAUAAUAACAAUAACAAUAAUAAUAGUGGUAACAAUAGCAACAGUACUGAUCAUAAUAAUUCUGAAAAUAAAGACUCCUCCAGUAUGGAUGAUGUUGAUACUGACAAUGAUUCUAAUGACGAUAAAGGGGACAAGUCCAAAUCACCAUCUUCUAGCUUACUAGAUACUACAAGUUCAUAUCCAAUUCCAAAUGAUGUACACGAAUUCAUUGGACAGAGGUUACCUGCUGAAUAUUAUUAUUAUAAGUCUAUUGGUCUUAUCUCAGGUAAAUUAUUAGAUUCUAUCACCACAGGUAUCUACCCUGAAGAACCACCUUUAGAUGGUGGCGUCUCAGAUUCUUACAGAAAAUUAGUUGUUGAGUCUGUUGACAUGUUUAAAAAUAAAGAAAUUAAUUUACUAACACAACAAAUUAACAGAUAUUUCCAAAUGAAGCCAAUUAAACAAGUUAAAUGGUAUUCUCAUAAUAAUAAAGUACAAUUGACCAACAGAGUCACUCCUUCCAUUAUAGAACAAUUGAAGUACCUUGUAGUUAAAACUGAUUUUGGAAAUAAUCCAUUCAAUAUCUAUGAAUUUAUUAAAAUUUUAUAUGAUAAUAUUAAUGAUCUUUCUAAAAAAUUCAUUGCCGAAAAACCUAUUAUUAUUCCUCGUGGGACUCCAGAGAAUCAAUUAAACUCUACAUUUGAUUUGUUAUCAACAUGUUUCUUAAGGUUAUUAGUUCAGUUAGAAUUUUUUGAGUUUGAUCUCGCUAAAAAAUCAUUGAAACCAACUAACUGGGGUAACAUUAUAUUACACUUUAACGCCGUUUUAAACGAUAAUGAAGAAUACUACGAGAAAUUAUUUAUCCUGUUACUAUUUUUAAAGACUGAUGUCUUGUCCCUCUCUGAAGAAACACGUCCAAAUGUUCGCUCUUCAUUAUCUGACCAUACUUUAAGAACAUAUCCACAAGAAUCCAAAUAUAUUUUAAUAUUAUCACGUUUAUUAACACUCUUCCAAAUUGAUCAAAAACCAACCACAGUUUAUCACGGCCCAAUCGAUAAAAAAACUUUGAUAUUUAGAGAACAUAUAGACUUUAUUCGAGAAAACUUAAAUGAUAUGUUUGAAGCUUUAGUCGUUGCAUCCUUAACAUCCAAUGAAUUUGAUAGAUUAUCAUUGACAAAUUUCCAAUGGCAAUCAUCUCUUGUACAAUAUAUGCCAUUUAAAUGCAGUUUACCUAACACAGUUAUGGCAGUUAUAAUGGAAUUCUUUUUGCAAAAAUAUUUACAUAAUGGGAAUAACAAAAGUGAUGCGAUGUCUUUAGUAGCCACUGAAUUUAGUACUUAUAAAUCUGUUCCAAACCUAUCUGAACAAUUUGAUGAAUCUAUGAAAUAUUUGAAGAUAUGUGACAAUUUAAUUAAGGAAUUAGUCAAAGCCAAACUAAUCAAACAGGAUGAAGGUGAAUUAUGUUUCAAAGCUAUAAAAUUUGCUUCAAACUGUAUCACAGAAAGUUAA